UUUUGUGAUGGCGGUGGGCCCCACCUCCACCUUCUAAAACAGCGCCGCCGCCGCCGCCGCCGCCCCUCUCUGUCGAUAUAAUUUAAAGCCCAAUUCUUCCCUUCCAUUGCCUCUUUUGCCAUUCCACCCUCUCCUCUCUCUUUUUUCAUUUUAAUUAAAAUAUUUCUUUUUUAUUUUUAUUUUAUUUUUUGGGGAUUUUGAAGAAAAGAAAUUAAAGGCUAUUUCGCUUACCCCAAGAACCAGACUUCCAACAUGUUAUCCAAAUUCCAUCUCAGUCAUCACUUUACCCACCCUCCGCCCCAUCAACCGGAGGAUGAACCUACCGCCGCCGUGCCUUUGCCGUUCAAACCCCUCCCGGAAUCAAUCUCUGCCGCCGAUGAUUCCACCAUCGAGGUGAUCCGGCGGCCUAGGGGUCGCCCACCGGGCUCCAAAAACAAACCGAAACUGCCUCUCGUCAUAACCCGGGAACCCGAACCGACUAUGCGGCCGUACGUUCUAGAAGUGCCUGGUGGAAACGACGUCGUUGAAGCUAUUUUACGAUUUUGCCGUCAGAAAAAUACGGGCCUUUGUGUUCUGAACGGCUCCGGCACCGUUGCUAAUGUCUCUCUCCGCCAACCUUCCGCUACCCCAAGCGCCACCGUCACAUUUCACGGCUGUUUUGAGAUCCUCUCCAUUUCCGCCACCGUGUUUCCUGAAACGAUGUCGUUUCCAGUCCCUAACGGUUUCACCAUCUCCCUCGCUGGACAUCAGGGUCAAAUCGUCGGCGGCAUGGUUGCCGGCGCCUUAAUCUCUGCCGGUACAGUUUUCGUCAUCGCCUCGUCGUUCAACAAUCCGAUGUACCUCCGGCUUCCCGAACUGGAUGAGCUCAAGAAUUCGGAAUCCGGCAGCGGCGAAGUUCACUCCCCACAUGUCUCCGUCGCCGGAGAUAGUAGCGGGCACAGACCCGGGCAGAGUCGAGGGAGCGGGCAGCUUGUGGAAUCCCGCGGAAUGGCUUUAAUGAGUUGCCACGCGCCGUCCGACGUAGUAUGGGCGCCGACGGCGAGGCAACCGCCACCGCCGCCGUACUAAUCCAUAACUUUCUUCUUUUUCCCAUUAAUUUCCCAUUACUCUUCUUUGAUACAACU